AAAACAGGACUUGGCUUGCUUGGCACGCAACACAAGAUAAACUCAUGAUAAAACAGUAAAAGUUGAACUUCAGACUGGUUUACAGUGUUUUCAUACUGCUGGGUGGAGUUUUUAUUGAAGCAGGUCACACUGUGUCUGAAUCUAAUCCACUUUUUCUACACAGACCGAAUCAAGCUCCUGGACUGACGGACAUUUAUGGAAAUAAGUUAGAUUCCAUGUGUAAAGGAAAAAGGAGCUGGCUGACUGUCUGCAGAGCGACAAGACAUUCAACUAAAGUCAAGGAAAUGGGGUCCAAGCCUUAAGUAGGGGGGUCAGACAUCACUAAUCCCCCCCGUAAUUCUAACCAUGUGAAGGCUGUAGGUCAGAUGAUCACAGACAUCAGCAGCGUCUGUCAGAGUCUGCAAGUGAAGGUGUGGCCUCUGCUAUGAAUCAGUGUGAGGAGACGGAGGAGGGAGUCCCUCCCUCUAAAAGCACUCUGUGGGGGGAACAUGGCAGCCAGACCAAAGCUCAGAGUGUUUGUCAGCAGAGACCAGACUCUCCUGGAUCCAGCUGUGUGUCCAUGAAGAGUGACCAGUCCAAAAUUGAACCUUAUAACUUCAGAGCUGGACAGCACUCUGCUGAAGAAAGAGACCAGCAGGUUUCGGGUACUCAGUCGUUCCAGCAGCAUCCAACAGACCUGGACUCCAUAUUUAUGCAUCUUGAGGAAAACAUUUUAACUUUUGUGAAGAACGAGUUGAAGAAGGCCCAGAAGGUUCUGAGUCCAGAUUACCCAGAAUGCUUGGAGAGACACAGUGAGGAUAAGGAGGCAGUGGACGGUGAGGAGAAAGAGCAGAGGAGAAUCAGCAGAGAGGCAUUUCUGAAGAUCACACUGCACUUCCUGAUGAGCAUGAAGCAGGACAAGCUGGCUGACUGUCUGCAGAGCAGAACUUUUGCUCCAGUUUGUCGACGUAAACUGAAAUGUCACCUGCAGAAGAAGUAUCAGUCUGUGUUUGAGGGGAUUGCUAAAGCAGGAAACCCAACCCUUCUGAACCAGAUCUACACAGAGCUCUACAUCACAGAGGGAGGGACUGCAGAGGUCAAUGAUGAACAUGAGGUCAGACAGAUUGAAACAGCAUCCAGGAGACCAGACAGACCAGAAACCACCAUCAGACAAGAAGACAUCUUUAAAUCCCCACCUGGAAGAGAAGAACCAAUCAGAACAGUGAUGACAAAGGGAGUGGCUGGCAUUGGGAAAACAGUCUUAACACAGAAGUUCACUCUGGACUGGGCUGAAGACAAAGCCAACCAGGACAUACAGUUCACAUUUCCAUUCACUUUCAGAGAGCUGAAUGUGCUGAAAGAGAAAAAGUACAGCUUGGUGGAACUUGUUCAUCACUUCUUUCCUGAAACCAAAGAAGCAGGAAUCUGCAGCUUUGAAGAGUUCCAGGUUGUGUUCAUCUUUGACGGUCUGGAUGAGUGUCGACUUCCUCUGGACUUCCGCAACAAUGAGGUCCUGACUGAUGUUACAGAGUCCACCUCAGUGGAUGUGCUGCUGACAAACCUCAUCAGGGGGAACCUGCUUCCCUCUGCUCGCCUCUGGAUAACCACACGACCUGCAGCAGCCAAUCAGAUCCCUCCUGGAUGUGUUGACAUGGUGACAGAGGUCAGAGGGUUCAGUGACCCACAGAAGGAAGAGUACUUCAGGAAGAGGUUCAGAGAUGAGGAGCAGGCCAGCAGAAUCAUCUCCCACAUCAAGACAUCACGAAGUCUCCACAUCAUGUGCCACAUCCCAGUCUUCUGCUGGAUCACUGCUACAGUUCUGGAGGAGGUGUUGAAGACCAGAGAGGGAGGAGAGCUGCCCAAGACCCUGACUGAGAUGUACAUUUACUUCCUGGUGGUUCACUCCAAACAGAAGAACAUCAAGUAUGAUGGAGGAGCUGAGACAGAUCCACACUGGAAUAAAAAGAGCAGGAAGAUGAUUGGGUGUCUGGGAAAACUGGCUUUUGAGCAGCUGCAGAAAGGCAACCUGAUCUUCUAUGAAUCAGACCUGAGAAAGUGUGGCAUCGAUAUCAGAGCAGCCUCAGUGUACUCAGGAGUGUUCACACAGAUCUUUAAAGAGGAGAGAGGGCUGUACCAGGACAAGGUGUUCUGCUUUGUCCAUCUGAGCGUUCAGGAGUUUCUGGCUGCUCUUUAUGUCCAUCUGACAGUCAUCAAAUCUGGUGUUAAUUUGCUGUCAAAAAAACAACCAACCUCCUGGUGGUCUCAAAAAUUUAGAAUGAAACAUCUCUACCAGAUUGCUGUGGACAAGGCCUUGCAGAGUCCAAAUGGACACCUGGACUUGUUCCUCCGUUUCCUCGCAGGUCUUUCACUGCAGACCAAUCAGACCCUCCUACGAGGUCUAGUGACACACACAGGAUGUAUCUCACUAACCAAUCAGGAAACAGCUGAAUACAUCAAGAAGAAAAUCAAAGAGAAUCGGUCUCCAGAGAGAAACAUCAACCUGUUCCACUGUCUGAAUGAACUGAAGGACCGUUCUCUAGUGGAGGAGAUCCAACAGUUCCUGGGUUCAGGAAGUCUCUCCAUAGAUAAACUGUCUCCUGCUCAGUGGUCAGCUCUGGGCUUCAUCUUACUGUCAUCAGAAAAAGAUCUGGACGUGUUUGACCUGAAGAAAUACUCUGCUUCAGAGGAGGCUCUUCUGAGGCUGCUGCCAGUGGUCAAAGCCUCCAACAAAGCUCUGCUGAGUGGAUGCAAUCUGUCUGAAAAAAGCUGUGAAGCUCUGUCCUCAGUUAUCAGCUCCCAGUCCUCUAGUCUGAGCGAGCUGGACCUGAGUAACAACGACCUGCAGGAUUCAGGAGUGAAGCUGCUCUCUGCUGGACUGAAGACUCCAAACUGUACACUGGAAACUCUCAGGCUUACUGGCUGUCAUCUGUCAGACGGAAGUUGUGAAGCUCUGGCCUCAGUUCUCGGCACCCAAUCCUAUUCUCCUCGUCUGAGAGAGCUGGACAUGAGUUACAACGACCUGGGUGAUACAGGUGUGAAGCUGCUCUCGGCUGGGCUGGAGAAACCACACUGUGUGCUUGAGACUCUCAGGCUCUCAGGCUGUCGGAUCACAAAGGAAGGCUGUACUUUUCUGGCCUCAGCUCUGAUGUCUAACCCCUCCCAUCUGAGAGAGCUGGACCUGAGCUUCAAUCAUCCAGGAGACACAGGAGUGAAGCUGCUGUCUGCUGGACUGAAGGAUCCACACUGGAGACUGGACACUCUCAGGGUGGAAAAUGGUGGAGAGCAGAGGCUGAAACCUGGUCUGAGGAAGUAUGCCUGUGAAGUCAAAGUGGACACAAACACAGUAAACAGAUACCUGAAACUGUCUGACAACAACAGGAAGGUGACAGCAGUGACAGAGAAGCAGCCAUAUCCUGAUCACCCAGAGAGGUUUGACUGGUGUCAGCUGCUGUGUAAAGAAGGUCGGACUGGUCGCUGUUACUGGGAGGUCGAGUGGAAAGGAGAUGUUCAUAUAUCACUGAGUUACAGAGGAAUCAGCAGGAGAGGAGACAGAAAUUACUGCUGCUUUGGAGGGAAUGAUCAUUCCUGGAGUCUAAGGUGCUCUGAUGUUGAUGGUUACUCUGUCUGGCAAAAUAACAUAAGAACAGUCCUCCUCCUCCCCUCCUCUUCCUCCUCCUCCUCCGUCUCAGAGGAUACUAACAGAGUAGCAUUGCAUGUGGACUGUCCUGCUGGCAUUCUGUCCUUCUACAAAGUGUCUUCUGACCAACUGAUCCACCUCCACACCUUCAACGCCACAUUCACUGAACCUCUGUAUCCUGGGUUCUGGUUUGGGUUUGGUUCCUCUGUGUAUUUGUGUUCCCCGUAGGAGGGAGAGUCUCCUCUGUUAGAGAAACACUGCUGACAAACACAUACACACAGUUUUUGUCAGUAACACCAAUUCAAAAUGACUAGAAAUCUUGUUUUGGUAAAUGCACACUAAUGUUAAAUACUGUGAAACACUAUUUUGAUUGUCUUUUGAGUAAAAGUUAAAUAUGUUAGUUGAGGUUUACUUUAAAUUCUGAUUUGAUCCUCAUAAUUAUAGGUAUAUAAUGUUUUCCUAAUAGAAUCAGGUUCCACAAAUGCAUAUAAACAGUUUUUUAAAAUCAGAUUAAUGUACCAAUCAUCUUACUGUGAAAAUAUGAUGACAGUUUUUUGUAAAUGGAGUGUGAUAUUUAGAAAAUACAUAACAAAUUAGAUUUGCUGUUGACCAUUAAAGGUUGAAAUGUCUUUCAAUGGAUUUUACCAAUAUACUGAAUAUACUGAAGUAAUCACACAGCCACAUUGGGUGUUUAUUACUUUAAACUUUUUUCAUAAUUUCAAUUCAAAUGAUCUGUAUAUACUUUGUUGAUUUACAUCCACAUCUGGGGCCUGUAGUACGAAGCAGGUUCAACAUACUCAGGAUAUCUUUUAGUUAUCUGGCAUCAUCAUUAGGGCACAUGGAGAACUGACCAUAAUUACUUUUGUGUCUUCCAUUAAAUCAGUAUGUUGCUUAGGUAUAUUACUAUGGCAGAUCUGACAAUUUUAGCCUUAUUAUUUAAGCUGCAGUGGCUAUUUAUUGGUGUUUCCACAUUUAAAGCCACAAGCACAAGAGACUUUAGUCUGAGGAAGAUGACCUGUAACACUUAACUCAAUUAUUGUCAAGAUUAAACAAUGCACCAAUAUAUCAACAUGGAGACUGUAAUGUAACUAUCUGUUUUGUUGUUGUAACUGUAAGUCUACUACUGUAUACAGUACAUGCUGCUUCAGCGAACACAAUAUUCAUCAUGACAAUUUAUAUCUUGUGCAAUCUUUCCAAAUUCAGAAGGUGUGUGCUGACAUGUCUUAUCUACCCUUUACCAAUGUCUAGAUUCACACACAAACCCUCAGGUCAACAAUGCCUGCUGACAAAGAUCCUGCUGUCUGAUACACGAAUACACAACAUGACUGUAAGCAAACAUUAGUCCUCUUUGACGAGACAUGAAAAACUACAGUGUUGAUUUAUUGUAAACAGAAAUGUAAGUCGAAGGUAUGAAUGACAUGUUUUUUAUCACGAUACUAUUAUGGGACCAAAUUCAUUCAACAGUUCAUAACCUAGCAUAGGUUCAGUGGAAAUCAUCUAUUUCUCAUAAAAAAAUAAUUCUGAAGUUAGUUAAAAAACUAGAUUUGUAAUAGUGAAUUAUACAUCUAUCAAAACGGAAGAUACCAAAUGAGCGGUAGACUAUAUAAACAGAAAUACUAAGUGACAGGGGUGUUUUUCUGAUUGAAAUCUUCUUUUGUAAUGUUUUAUAUGAUGGCGCUAAGCCAAAAGACAUAUAUGGAUGCUAAGGUAACAAUAAAAUACUUACCUGUAAAAAGAA